UCCUUGCGGGGUAGGUCGGGAGACCCCGCCAGGCGAGGCGGCGAGCGCGUGAGCGAGCGAGCGGACGGACUCGGGGGCUGGGGGAGCCGCCAUUUUGUGAAGCUCAGCGCCAGCGGAGGGGCCGAGCGAGCCGAGUCCGCCGCCGCCGCACGCCGGGAGCCAGAUGUCUUCUGAAGCAAUGGCGACCGAGCACAUGAAUGGGAAUGGGAUCGAGGAGCCCAUGGAAACUUCCACUGCCCUCGUUCGGUCUGAACACUACCAGACUUUAUUAACCACUGGUUUACCACGAAAGGUUGCAGACAAACUAGAUGAAAUUUAUUUAGCAGGCUUGGUUUCUCAUAGUGAUUUAGAUGAGAGAGCGAUUGAUGCUUUGAGGGAGUUCAAUGAGGAAGGUGCAUUGUCAGUGCUACAACAGUUUAAAGAAAGUGAUCUUUCACAUGUUCAGAAUAAAAGUGCCUUUCUAUGUGGUGUAAUGAAGACCUACAGACAGAGAGAAAAGCAAGGAUCUAAGGUGACGGAUGCUAAUAAAGGUCCUGAUGAGACAAAAAUUAAGGCUCUCUUAGAAAGGACAGGCUAUACACUCGAUGUUACCACAGGGCAGAGAAAGUACGGUGGUCCCCCACCUGAUGCAGUGCAUUCAGGUCCUCAACCUAACAUCGGUACUGAGAUAUUUGUAGGAAAAAUACCAAGGGAUCUCUUUGAAGAUGAACUUGUCCCCCUUUUUGAGAAAGCUGGGCCAAUUUGGGAUUUACGCCUGAUGAUGGAUCCUCUAACUGGUUUAAAUCGAGGGUAUGCUUUCGUCACAUUUUGCUCCAAAGAUGCAGCACAGGAGGCAGUCAAAUUGUGCGAUAACCAUGAAAUUCGGCCUGGUAAACACAUCGGUGUUUGCAUUUCUGUGGCGAACAACAGACUUUUCGUAGGAUCCAUUCCAAAAAGCAAGACGAAAGAACAAAUUAUGGAAGAAUUUGGAAAAGUUACAGAGGGGCUCACAGAUGUGAUACUGUAUCACCAACCGGAUGACAAGAAGAAGAAAGGGUUUCUGCUUUUGGAGUUUGAAGAUCAUAAAUCUGCUGCCCAGGCCAGGCGCAGGCUUAUGAGUGGAAAAGUGAAGGUCUGGGGCAAUGUUGUAACAGUGGAAUGGGCAGACCCCAUUGAAGAUCCUGAUCCAGAGGUCAUGUCAAAGGUAAAAGUGUUGUUUGUUCGCAAUUUGGCCAGUACAGUAACAGAAGAAUUACUAGAAAAGACCUUCAGUCACUUCGGCAAACUGUAGCGGGUGAAGAAACUCAAAGAUUAUGCGUUCAUUCACUUUGAUGAAAGAGAUGGUGCAGUAAAGGUAAAGAUUCAAUGCAUGGCUGAAAUGAAUGGGAAAGAUCUAGAAGGGGAAAAUAUUGAAAUUGUUCUUGCUAAGCCACCAGACAAGAAGAAGAAAGAACGGCAGGCUCAGAGGCAAGCUGCUAGAUCUCAAUUGUAUGAGGAUUAUUAUUACUACCCACCUCCCCGCAUGCCCCCUCCAGCUCGAGGCAGAAAUCGUGGAGCCAGAGGAGGUUACAGCUAUUCAUUAGAUUACUAUAGUUAUGAAGAUUACUAUGAUUAUUAUGGCUAUGAUUAUCAUGAUUAUCGUGGAGGAUAUGAAGAUCCAUAUUAUGGUUAUGAUGAUUAUCAAACGACUACUAGAGGAAGAAGUGGCAGAAGUGGAAGAGGUGCCCCUCUUGCCAGAGGUCGUGGAGUUCCCCAACCACGUGGAAGAUCUGGAUUCACACAACGUGGUCAAAUGGCAGGGAGAGGUGCUCGUGGUGCAAGAGGGGGUCCCCAGGCACAGCAGAGAGCCCGCGGGGUACGUGGUGUGAGGGGUGGCCGCGGUGGAAAUGUAGGAGGCAAACGAAAAGCUGAUGGGUACAACCAGCCAGAUUCGAAGCGGCGCCAGACCAAUAAUCAGAACUGGGGCUCCCAACCUAUUGCUCAGCAACCGCUCCAAGGUGGUGAUUAUUCUGGUAACUAUGGUUACAAAUCUGAGAACAACCAGGAAUUUUAUCAGGAUACUUAUGGGCAACAGUGGAAAUAGGCCAUUAGGGUUCAUAACAUGACUGAUAGGUUGUUUGAACUGACUUCAAAAUACAAUUGGCGUUAAAUCUGAUUGGCUGCCGCUAGUUAAUUGGUGACAUCUGGCAAGAAUCCCUUAUGUGCAGAUAUGUGUAUAUAUUUUUACAAAAUAUUAACUUGGACUUGACAGCACUGAUUCCACUUGACUGGGAAUGGCUUUUUUUUUGGAAAUUUGGCCAAUUGAAUAAAGGCAUUUCAGAUAGUUUAGCAGAGGUUGGAUAUAAUUCAUCGUGGUUUUGACAAUUUUUUUUUGGAAAUCCGGCUUACUACUAAAAUCCUUGGCCUCAGUGUAUGUAUAUUACUGGUAGUUCUGUUUCCAUGACUUUUAAAUGCAUAAAUUUUCAAAUUAGUUUGUUGCUUUUUUUCCUGAAUUUCUUGUAUUUGAAGUAACUGACGAAGCUGUAUGUUACUAACUUACAUUCCCAGGAGUAGGCAAGUUGACCUAAAUAAAUUUGUUUGUUGUUGACUGAUUUCAAAUUACUACCAGUUCUUUGGUUUGGCUAUUCCAGAAGUGACACUUUGUCAAGUUCAGUCUUGUAUUCUCUAUCUACUGUUAAUGUCUACUUCAAUAAAAUUUCAAAAUUCUCAAACAGCAUGAAUUUAACUAAAUUCCAUUUUGUUGCAUAAAUUUUCCUUUGACAAAUUUUU